AAAGUGCGGGUCCUGCGAGCCCCACAGCGGCAGAGGCUCGUGGAGCGCGGGUGGUGUCAAUUGCGGAGCAGCCUACGCUGUUUGGUCCCAGUCCCCUCGGCGGUCUCCCUGCGCCAGCCUACCUCGCCCCUUGGCGCCAUGACCACUACCACUACCUUCAAGGGUGUGGACCCCAACAGCAGGAACAGCUCUCGGGUUUUGCGGCCUCCAGGUGGUGGGUCCAAUUUUUCACUAGGCUUUGAUGAGCCAUCAGAACAGCCUGUGAGGAAGAACAAGAUGGCCUCUAGCAUCUUUGGGACACCUGAAGAAAACCCUCCGUCUUGGGCAAAGUCAGCAGGUGCCAAGUCUAGUGGUGGCAGGGAAGAUUCGGAGUCGCCUGGAGCACAGAGAAGUAACUCUUCUGAAGCAAGCUCUGGAGACUUCUUAGACCUCAAGGGAGAAGGUGAUAUGCAUGAAAAUGUGGACACAGACUUCCAAGCCAGCCUGGGGCAGAUGGAAGAGAAGCCUGUGCCUGCUGCUCCUGUGCCCAGUCCAGUGGCCCCGGCCCCAGCGCCAUCCAGGAGAAACCCCCCUGGUGGCAAGUCCAGCCUGGUCUUGGGUUAGCUUCUUCUGUUGGAACUCUGUCCUCUGUUUGUUUGUUUUUCCAUGCUUGUGAACUGCACAACGUGAGCCUGACUGUACAUCUUUUGGAUUUGUUUCAUUAAAAGAGAAGCACUUUA